GGGGAGCCGGAUCCGGCUGAAGGGGGACGUGUUGUGAGGAUCGACAGCCGGAGGUGUAGAAGCGGCUGUUCUCAGGGCUGCCCGCGGUCUAGGUGGUCUCAGCUUCCCGUGACCGAAAACAGCAGUCAUGGCAACAUACCAGGAAUUCAUUCAACAAAAUGAAGAACGUGACGGUGUUCGGUUCAGCUGGAAUGUGUGGCCAUCCAGUCGACUUGAGGCUACGCGCAUGGUGGUUCCUUUGGCUUGUCUCUUUACACCUUUAAAAGAACGUCCAGAUCUGCCGCCAAUACAAUAUGAACCCGUGCUGUGCAGCAGGGCUACCUGUAGGGCUGUCCUCAAUCCACUGUGUCAAGUGGACUAUAGAGCAAAAUUAUGGGCAUGCAACUUUUGUUUCCAGAGAAACCAGUUUUCAUCAUCUUACUCGGGCAUUUCUGAAGUAAAUCAGCCAGCUGAGCUACUGCCACAGUUUUCAACUAUUGAGUACGUUGUCCAGCGAGGUACUCCGGCCCCCCUCAUCUUCCUGUAUGUGGUGGAUACUUGCCUGGAGGAAGAUGAUCUUCAGGCUCUGAAGGAAUCUCUGCAAAUGUCCCUGAGUCUACUUCCUUCCAACGCACUAGUUGGUCUGAUUACAUUUGGUCGAAUGGUACAGGUCCAUGAACUGAACUGCGAAGGGAUUUCCAAAAGCUAUGUCUUCAGGGGAACAAAGGACCUAACAGCAAAGCAAAUUCAGGAUAUGUUGGGUCUCACAAAGCCAUCUGCAGCAGUUCAAGGAAGGGCCCCUCAACCACAGGAACAUCCUGGCAUAUCCAGCAGGUUCUUGCAGCCAGUGCAGAAGAUUGACAUGAACUUGACAGACCUGCUUGGAGAACUUCAGAGAGACCCCUGGCCUGUACCUCAGGGCAAAAGACCUUUGCGAUCUACUGGUGUGGCCAUAUCCAUAGCAGUUGGUUUGCUGGAGGGUAGCUUUCCUAACACUGGAGCUAGAAUAAUGUUGUUCACCGGAGGACCACCUACCCAGGGCCCCGGCAUGGUAGUGGGGGAUGAGCUUAAAUCACCCAUUCGCUCAUGGCAUGAUAUAGAAAAGGAUAAUGCACGAUUCCUAAAGAAAGCGACCAAGCACUAUGACGCUCUAGCAAACCGUGCAGCAGUAAAUGGACAUUGCAUUGACAUCUAUGCUUGUGCCCUGGAUCAGACCGGUCUUUUGGAAUUAAAGUGUUGCUGCAACCUGACUGGAGGUUACAUUGUGAUGGGGGACUCCUUCAACACUUCCCUCUUCAAGCAAACAUUUCAAAGGGUUUUCAGCAAAGGUCUUCAGGGGGAUUUCAGGAUGGCUUUUGGUGCCACUUUAGAGCUUAAGACGACUAGAGAACUGAAGAUUGCUGGUGCAAUUGGGACCUGUGUGUCUCUGAAUUCCAAAGGGCCUUCUGUGUCUGAGAAUGAGCUGGGUGUAGGUGGCACAUGCCAAUGGAAAGUUUGCAGUUUGGAUCCUUGCACUACACUGGGCAUCUACUUUGAAGUGGUAAAUCAACAUAACGCACCAAUUCCUCAGGGUGGAAGAGGGGCUAUUCAGUUUGUCACUCACUACCAGCAUUCCAGUGGCCAGAGACGCAUCAGAGUCACUACAGUCGCCAGAAACUGGGCAGAUGCACAGAGUCAACUCCAGCAGAUAGAAGCUGCAUUUGAUCAGGAGGCAUCAGCUGUAUUGAUGGCAAGACUGGGAGUUUUUAGAGCUGAGUCUGAGGAAGGCCCUGAUGUACUUCGUUGGUUGGACAGACAGUUAAUCCGACUGUGUCAGAAAUUUGGCCAGUUCCACAAAGAUGAUCCUAGCUCCUUCAGACUUUCAGAAACAUUUUCCCUUUAUCCACAGUUUAUGUUCCAUCUGAGAAGAUCGCCUUUCCUUCAGGUUUUCAAUAAUAGCCCUGAUGAAUCAUCAUACUACCGGCAUCAUUUCACGCGACAAGAUCUAACACAGUCUCUAAUCAUGAUUCAACCCAUUCUGUAUUCUUACUCUUUUUAUGGCCCACCCGAGCCAGUGCUUUUAGACAGUAGCAGUAUCUUGCCAAACCGGAUACUCCUCAUGGACACUUUCUUCCAGAUUGUUAUCUAUCAUGGAGAGACUAUAGCUCAGUGGCGGAAGGCUGGAUAUCAAGAUAUGCAGGAGUAUGAGAACUUCAAACAACUUUUGCAAGCUCCCCUAGAUGAUGCUCAGGAAAUCCUUCAGACCCGCUUUCCAAUGCCUCGUUAUGUUGACACAGAACAUGGACAGAGCCAGGCUCGAUUCCUUCUAUCAAAAGUGAACCCAUCACAGACUUAUAACAACUUGUAUGCAUGGGGGCAGGAAUCUGGAGCGCCUAUCUUAACUGACGAUGUCAGUCUUCAGGUUUUCAUGGAUCAUCUUAAAAAACUAGCUGUGUCUAGUGCUUCAUAAAUCCAUUUGUUUAUGGAAGAGCACAAGGAAAAUACUGGGAAAUACUGGAUGUUACAUAGAUUGUUUAUUCUAGAUUAUAAUGGUUUAGUUGUAUUCAUGUUUCAUCUUUCUUAUUUGUUUUGCAUGGUAUUCGAUUAUUAUAUCAUUUCUCCGCUCUCAUUCUCAAAAUCACUGGAUUCUUAUGAGCAAUACUUUAUUAUUUUCUGGUAAUAUUAUGUCGUCUACUAAUAUCAUUCCAUCUAUCUUUUAUAUAAAUGCAAGA